CAUAUCCGCUAACUUAAUCCAUGUUCAAUCUUUUUUUAUUCAAUAUCAACAGCUCACGGAACACGGUCUCUCGUUCCCUACUCGGAUUCUUCGUGCGCUCAUCUCUUCACUCGGAUUCGGAUUCGGAUUCGGAUUCCAACGGACCCACUAAGAUCCCUUGUCACUUCCCAGAUUUCUCAGUCGCUUUGUACUCCACGUCCAUGAAUCGUCUCCCUGAUCCUAUUUUUACCAACUCAACUCACCCGUUAUGCUUCGUGUGUUAGGUUGAUGAUAUUUCAUUUUUCUGAUUCCCCUCUGCAUCUCAAUUCUGCAAUAGAGGACUCAGAUCCCGCCAGAAUUUCCUUUCCGGGCCACCAAUAUGUACACAAAGGCAGACAUUGAUGCACGCAGAAAGGAAACAUCUGGAAAGAAAAAGAAGCUUUGUGCAGCAGCAUACAAAGAAUGGCUUGUCCCAAGUCUGAGCCCAACUUCUUGAAGGACUUUUGGAUCCCUAGCUACAUACUUGCACCAGAGUCACCAAAGGGUGAGAUCGAUCAUGAUGCACCUUCAUGCCCAGUGCUAGUUUUUAUUAACCCCAAGAGUGGUGGUCAGCUGGGAGGGGACCUUUUUAAAACGUAUUGUACUCUUCUUAAUGAAAAACAGGUUUUUGAUUUGGGGGAAGAAGCUCCUGAUAAGGUGCUGCGUAGAAUCUAUAUUAAUUUUGAAAACCUCAAGCUGCAGGACGAUCAGUUUGCUAUGAGGACUAUGGAGAGAUUGAAGUUAAUUGUUGCAGGGGGAGAUGGAACUGCAGGUUGGCUACUUGGUGUUGUUUGUGACCUCAAAUUGCCUCAUCCACCACCAAUUGCCACGGUUCCCUUAGGCACAGGGAAUAAUCUUCCUUUUGCAUUUGGUUGGGGGAAGAAGAACCCAGGAACAGAUGAGCAUUCGGUUGAGUCAUUCUUAAAGCAAGUUAUGGAAGCUAAGGAAAUGAAAAUAGACAACUGGCACAUUCUUAUGAGGAUGAGGAUUCCAAAAGAAGGUUCCUGUGAUCCAAUAGCGCCUCUUGAGCUGCCGCAUUCUUUACAUGCAUUCCAUCGUGCUUCUGAGGCAGAUGAAUUAAAUAUGGAAGGUUACCACACUUUCCGUGGGGGAUUUUGGAACUACUUCAGCAUGGGAAUGGAUGCUCAAAUAUCUUAUGCAUUUCACUCAGAACGAAAGAUGCAUCCAGAAAAAUUUAAAAAUCAGCUGCUUAAUCAGAGCACAUAUGCUAAGCUUGGAUGCACACAAGGAUGGUUUAUGGCACCUCUUUUCCAUCCACCUUCCAGGAACAUAGCACACAUGUUAAAAGUGAAAAUCAUGAAAGCGCAUGAUCAUGGUCGCUGGCAAGACCUGCACAUACCUUCUAGCAUCAGGUCAAUUGUGUGUCUUAACUUGCCUAGCUUUUCUGGUGGUUUGAAUCCUUGGGGCAUGCCAAACGGAAGGAAGCGUCAUGAGGGAGGUUUGACACCGCCAUUUGUGGAUGAUGGUCUUCUAGAGAUCGUUGGUUUUAGAGAUGCCUGGCAUGGACUUGCUUUGCUUGCUCCAAAUGGACAUGGAAGGCGUCUUGGUCAGGCUCACAGAAUCUGCUUUGAGUUUCACAAAGGAGCAGCAGAUCAUACAUACAUGAGGAUCGAUGGGGAACCAUGGAAACAACCUCUCCCACUUGACGAUGACACUGUUGUGGUUGAGAUAUCUCACCUUGGCCAGGUCAACAUGCUUGCCACUCAUGAUUGCAGUUCUAAAAGUGUGCAUGAUGCAUCAAAAACACACCAUGAUGAUGCGGAGGAAGAUGAUAGUGAAGAUGAAGACUCUACAGCUGAGGAGUUUCGGAAGUUUGGCACAGCAGAUACCUUUAAAAUCCCAGAUGGCGUUGAUCUUUCCCAUCUUAGUUAGGUCUUUCACCAUUAAAGCCAGUAUCGUGUAUUCUACGUAGUUGGCAAACUUGGCAUUUCUUACCCCAAUAGCAUAUUGAUGCAGGGACCUUUUUAAUACGGUUUUCAAUUUGUCAUUGCUCAUUGCUGUCUUUAAUUGGGAAAUUAGGGUUGAAAUAAAGAAUUUGAAUAAAAACCUUGAAGGGUUGAAGGUUUUUUCCGGUAUGUUAGCCCAGAAAUAUGGAGACACAUUUUCUCCCUGCAAACAAACAACUAUGUUGUGAUAAUUACUUUUUUUUUUGACUGAUAUUAAUAAAUUUGAUUUUUGAAUUGUUCUUA